UGACAGUAGGAAAAACACUUCAGGUCCCAGUGUUACCAGAGAAUUCCUGGAUUACGUGCCGUCACGGUGCCUGGCUCGGAUGGCGGCUAGUUCGUGGAAAAUGCUGACGAAUGUACAACACCGGCCAAGGACAGCGCUAUAAAAAGCACUCACUGCAUGUUCUUUCUCAAUAGCGUGCUGUGGAGGAAGCACUUCGUUAACUAAUAGUUUUGUGUUCUAAGAAAAAUGUUCGGUGUUUUGUUACUGUGUUUAACUGCGCUGCUCUCGUUUCCAGCGGCCAACGGAGACGACGUAAAGUUCACCAUUCCUGCAGGUCAGCCGGCCGGCAUCCCGCAGUUCAUUCGCAUCGAAGAACCCUUUCCUGACGGAAAAAGCAACGCUGAUAAACAGUACGACUCUAUAGGCCUGGCCAACCCGGACAUAAUGGACCUAUUCAAAGUUAAUGAUCUGCCACAUGACAGACUCAAGCCGGGGGAGAAGAGGUGUCCCGUGGACGGCGAUCCUCACUGCCGUAACUGCGUGGCAGGAUACGCGGACAGUGACUUUGUGCAGUCGCAAUGCUGUUUCGCCCAUCACUGGGCCUGGAUGAAUAAACGUACCAUCCGCGACGUCCUGCCGUACCGCUUCCAUCUAUCACCUGUGAACCAAACGGAACUCCCCAAGGAUCGCUACCAUACCUGUGGCGCGAUAUGGCAAGUUGAUCCGUGCACGAUGGAACCAGUGGCGACUAUCCCUGAUGGACCCUACAUCCCGUGCCGCCAGCGCAACGCUUGUCCGCAAGUUAGACAAGAUGGAACCAUAUGGUGACGCCCGUAGAUUGUCACCCGAUAGCCGCGUUACCAGAUAAGAAGAUUGGCAUCGAAACUGUCAUGGCCUGAUUCUUGUAAUAAUUCUCAAUUCGCCAUUGGCCUUUCUACGUCUUUCUUUCUAAUCGUUUUCGUUGCCAUGCAAUGCACUCUAUUGU